GUGUGCAGGCCCACAGGUGCCACGGGCUCUGCAGGAGCUGGGAGAGGCUGCCCAGCAGGGAGGCCAUGGGGCACAGAGCCCCAGGGCUGCUGUGGGCACCACGGCACAGGGGCCGUGCCCACCCGCAAUGCUCCUGCCCUGGGCUGGGCCUGCCCAGGGGCUGGGGCACCAUGGCUGGGCCAGCGGGGCACAAAGGGGCCACGGAGCCGCUGCCGGGGCUGGCAGCAAGGCCAGGCACAGACAAGGAAUUGCUGAGCAUGGCCUGUGCUGGCCAGGGCUGGCUGUGGCAAGGGCAGAGCUCAGCUGCCCUUGGUGGCUGCAGGAAAAGUCCAGAGCCCAAAGAGCCUCCAUGGCUGUGCUGGAGACCAAGGCUGCAGGAGGGAAAGGCAGGGCUGCUGUGGGAUGGGGAGGGCAUUGAAUUCCAGCAGACACCACAGAUGGGAGGCUUAGCAAGGCUUGAAGAGAAGAGAAGCUUCACAAGCCUCCAAGGGGGGAUGUUACCAGAUGAAAAACCAUCUCCAGCUGGUGAGCACACACAGUUCUUGUUCUUCAAAACCCCCUGGCCCAUGGAACUGCACCAUGCCCGUUGUGUAAGAAGAAUUGGAAAGCGACCAGCUCCAGUUGUGCCAACUUUUACCAGUUCACCGGGCAGUCAGGUCUGACUCUGGCAUCACCAAGCACCAGGGACCACCAAAGAGACCCCCAGGACAGAAGAACACAGCUGUGAAGCUUUUCUCCCAGCCCAGCAGAGCUGAGGGCACUGCCUGCAGCUACCUGGGUGCCUUAAAGCAACUGGAAGGACAAGUCUGAGCUUCUUCAUGGAGAAAUGCUCCCAACUGCUGGCACAUCCACCAUGUCCAGAGUGAAGAAAUGCCCAACAGCAGCUCCUUCAGCCACUUCCUCCUGCUGGCACUGGCAGACACGCGGCAGCUGCAGCUCCUGCACUUCUGCCUCUUCCUGGGCAUCUCCCUGGCUGCCCUCCUGGGCAACAUCCUCAUCAUCAGUGCCAUAGCCUGCAGCCACCACCUGCACAGCCCCAUGUUCUUCUUCCUGCUCAACCUGGCCCUCACUGACCUGGGCUGCAUCUGCACCACUGUGCCCAAAGCCAUGCACAAUUCCCUCUGGGACACCAGAGAAAUCUCCUACUCAGGAUGUGCUGCACAGGUGUUUCUGUUUGUCUUUUUCAUCUCAGCAGAGUUUUCCCUGCUGACCAUCAUGUGCUACGACCGCUACGUGUCCAUCUGCAAACCCCUGCACUACGGGACCCUCCUGGGCAGCAGAGCUUGUGCCCACAUGGCAGCAGCUGCCUGGGCCAGUGCCUUUCUCAAUGCUCUGCUGCACACAGCCAAUACAUUUUCCCUGCCCCUGUGCCAGGGGAAUGCCCUGGGCCAGUUCUUCUGUGAAAUCCCACACAUCCUCAAGCUCUCCUGCUCCAAAUCCUACCUCAGGGAACUUGGGCUCAUUGUCCUAAGUGCUUUUCUAUAUUUUGUCUGUUUUGUGUUCAUUGUUUUCUCCUAUGUGCAGAUCUUCAGGGCUGUGCUGAGGAUCCCCUCUGAGCAGGGUCGGCACAAAGCCUUUUCCACCUGCCUCCCUCACCUGGCCGUGCUCUCCCUGUUCCUCAGCACUGGCUUUUUUGCCAACCUGAGGCCCCCCUCCAUCUCCUCCCCAUCCCUGGAUCUGGCAGUGUCAGUUCUGUACUCAGUGGUGUCUCCAGCCCUGAACCCCCUCAUCUACAGCCUGAGGAACCAGGAGCUCAAGGCUGCCCUGAGAAAAUUGAUGACCUAUUUUCAGAAGUAUUAAACUUUCUCUUUUCUGCUGCAGAGCCUUUUGAAUGUAACUCUUUGGAAUCUCAGCCUUAGUUUUCCCUAUUUCUGCAUUUAUUCAUUGGUAACUUUCUACUUUU